UGAUGAUCGGACACGCUGAUUUCAUUGUGUGAAGAGGCAGUGGAGACCCAGGAAAAAUCUCGCUGAAUCCGCCGGCCCCAACAGUGGCCUGAUCUGGGAUCCUUGAUCCCUCCCGUGACUGCAUCACGCCCGAGAUGAAUCUACGUUCUGUAUUUACUGUAGAACAACAAAGGAUUUUACAGCGUUAUUAUGAAAAUGGAAUGACAAAUCAAAGUAAAAAUUGCUUUCAGCUAAUAUUACAGUGUGCACAGGAGACUAAGCUGGACUUCAGUGUAGUCAGGACGUGGGUCGGCAAUAAGAGAAGAAAAAUGAGCAGUAAAAAUUCUGAAUCAGGAGCAGCAACGACAGGAACUAUUCCUGGUACCUCUUUGGCAGCUCCAGACAUUACAGUAAGAAAUGUGGUUAAUAUUUCUCAACCCUCAAGCCAACAAUCUUCUUGGUCAUCUGCCAAUAAUGAUGUCAUUGUGACUGGAAUAUACAGUCCAGCCAGUUCAUUAAGUAAGCAAGGGACAACCAAAUAUACAAAUACACAAAUUACGGAAGCACAUAAAAUCCCCAUUCAGAAAACGGCCAGUGAAAAUGGUACCGAGUUUCAGCUGCACAUUCCUGUUCAAAGACAAGUAGCACACUGUAAAAAUGCCUCUCUGCUCUUGGGUGAAAAAACGAUUAUUUUGUCAAGACAAACAAGUGUUCUAAAUGCUGGAAACUCAGUGUACACAAAGAAAAACUACGGAAGCUCUUCAAUGCAAGCCUCUGAUAUUAUGGUACCUCAAAAGCCUUCUGUGUGCCACCGACCUUGCAAAAUUGAACCAGUUGGAAUUCAAAGGCCAUAUAAGCCUGAACACACACGUCUAACAUCACAUAACUUAUGUGGGCAAAAGCCACCUAUUAGAGAUCCUUACUGUAGAACACAAAACUUAGAAAUCCGUGAAGUAUUUUCAUUGGCAGUUAGUGAUUACCCCCAGAGAAUUCUGGGAGGAAAUCCUCCACAGAAGCCUAGUUCAGCAGAAGGAACUUGUUUGUCCAUUGCAAUGGAGACUGGAGAUGCUGAUGAUGAGUAUGCCAGAGAGGAGGAGUUAGCAUUGAUGGGAGCACAGAUACCAAGCUACUCAAGAUUUUAUGAAAGUUGCAGUUCCCUUCGAGCUGAGAACCAAAGUACAGCUUUGCCAGGACCAGGAAGAAAUAUGCCAAAUUCACAGAUGGUGAAUAUUAGAGACUUGUCAAACAAUGUAUUAUAUCAGAACAGAGACUACCAUUUGACACCACGGACCUCAUUACAUACAGCAUCUACAACAAUUUACAGUAAUACAAAUCCACCACGGAAUAAUUUUUCUUCACAUUUUGCAUCAUCAAACCAAUUGAGGUUAUCACAAAACCAAAACAAUUACCAGAUUUCAGGAAACCUAACUGUGCCUUGGAUUACAGGGUGUUCUAGAAAAAGAGCACUACAAGACCGCACUCAGUUCAGUGAUAGAGACUUAGCCACUCUUAAGAAAUACUGGGACAAUGGCAUGACCAGCCUUGGAUCUAUCUGUAGAGAGAAAAUUGAAGCAGUUGCAACUGAAUUAAAUGUUGACUGUGAAAUUGUUCGGACUUGGAUUGGGAAUCGAAGAAGGAAGUAUCGUUUAAUGGGGAUUGAAGUUCCACCUCCAAGGGGAGGCCCUGCUGAUUUUUCUGAGCAUCCAGAGUCUGGUUCUUUGUCUGCAAUCACAAGAGAGGAAGCGGGUCCUGAAGUAGAAGAAGAUAAUGACAGAAAUGAUGAAGCAUCCAUCUGUUUGUCUGAAGGAAGCUCUCAAGAGUCCAAUGAAGUUGUUCCUAAUGAGACAAGGGCUGAUAAGGAGGAGGACCACCAUGCAGUAUCCGAAGAUAAUGUGAAAAUAGAAAUUAUUGACGAUGAAGAAAGUGACAUGAUAAGUAAUUCUGAAGUAGAACAAGUGAAUUCUUUCUUGGAUUAUAAGAAUGAAGAAGUCAGAUUCAUUGAAAAUGAGCUAGAGAUUCAAAAGCAAAAAUACUUUAAACUUCAGACAUUUGUUAGAAGCCUGAUACUAGCUAUGAAAGCUGAGGAUAAGAAACAACAACAGGCACUGCUGUCAGAUUUACCUCCUGAAUUAGAAGAGAUGGAUUUCAAUCAUACCUCGCUGGAGCCUGAUGAUACCUCAUUCAGUGUAUCUUCUUUAUCAGAGAAAAAUGCCUCAGACUGUUUGUGAUUUGAGGGGGGUGGUAUAUGAUACAGCCUUUACGCUGCCUAACAGGCAUGCAUUCCGAUAACUGCAUUCUGUUGCCCUGAAAUUCUUCAAUUGGAAAAACAUAUUGUUGAAACCAAUAUAUUCUGUUAAGAAUGGACAAGAUAUAAUGGCUACAGUACAAAAAAUUGUUUGUGAAAUUUAAAAGCAUAUUUUGAGAGUUUUUCCCAAAUUGAUAGAAAUGUGGGAAAAUAUUUAAUUUUGAACAGCUUAGCUAUGAAAUGCAUAAUGUAUAAUUUUUGAAAUUUUUUGUUUGAUUUUAUAGAAAAAUUUUAGUUUCAAUAAUAGCUUUGGCCAGAGACACAAAAAUAAAAGUAUUUCAACAUUGCUUUAUCAAAUUACUGAAGCUUGAUUAUUGUCUUUGUAGCCAUUACAUCUUCCUUCUUUCUCUCUCCUUUUCCUAAUAUACACUUUUACUCAGGAAAGUGGACUGAAAAUUGAAAUGAAACUUUGAAAGGGAAUUAACCUGUACGAGUCUUGGGAUUUAUUUUGCAAGCUCUGUGAGAAUUUGACUUAAGUUAAUGAUUGAAAAUUGAAGUGAUUACUAGUAUAUAAUUGUAAAUUGUUGGUAUUCUUCCAUUAUCUAACCCAAAUAUUUCGGGGGGAGGGGGGAAGCACUAUAGAAAAGUAAUUCACCAACAUGAAGUUAAAUAAAUUAAGUGUACAGAAACAAAAUGUUGUAAAAGAUUAGUCAAUAGAAAUUCUUCAUUGCUGAAAAUGAAAAAUAUUGAUAUGAUUCACAUUUUACUAGUAAAAUUGAGUAAUACAUGAAAUGUUGGACAAAUAUUACAAGUUUAUCAUCAUCUUCAUAAUAUUUUUGAUUUCUUAAAUAUUUUAUGAGACACAAAGUCAAGGUUGGCCACUAAGAUUAUUAUUAUUUUAAUAUAUGUUUUUAUUGAUUUCAGAGAGGGAGAGAGAGAAUCAUGGAUUGGCUGCCUCAUACAUGCACCCUACUGGGGAUCAAGCCUGCAACCUGGAAAUGUGCCCUGACCAGGAAUUGAAACGUGACCUCCUGGUUCAUAGGUCUACGCUUAACCACUGAGCCAUGCUGGCUUGGCAAGAUUGUGUUUAAUUAAGUCAUUUAGCUUUGCCAUAAUAAUUACCUCAUUUCCAUGUGAAGCUUGUACAGAGCCAUCAGCCAAGGAUAAUAUUAAAAAAAAGAGUUAUACUACUUUGGUUGUAAAUCCAGUCUUCUGGAUUUCCUGGACACUGUUCUAUGAGCACGUUACCCCUUUGUUCUAUUAGCAGGUACCAGAUGGCAACACACUGUAGAAAAUUUUCAGACCUUUCAUUCUGGGUACCAGAUGGCAUCACCAGAGCCUAUAAAAGGGAAAAUGCCAGUUUCUCCCUGAGCAUACAGUAUCAUAUAUCUGUAGAUUGACUGUGUGGAAUCAUGUGCAUGGUUAAAUUACUAUCUACACAUAAAAAAUGUUAAAGAAGUAGCUUACAUGACUCUUGGCCAUCAAAUUUCUACAUCAGAUAAUUUUGUAAUUUGUAAGAAAAACCAAUUUUGAUCUUGGAAUUCACAGAUACCAAUUUAUGAAUACAGAAAGGCAGUUAUGAAUGUAUUUGACCUUGAAAUGUCUCCUCACCACAGACACAAAUAAGUAAAGUUUAUUGAUAAUACGUCUUUUUGUCACCUAUUGAUUUAAUGUUACUGCCAUCUUAUUAUGGUUCUUUUGUUAGCAGAAAUAGAUCAGUGGUUAGGUAUGCUCCUGUUUAGCUGACAGUCAUAUGGUUAAUUGCAAACAAUGUUUACUACUCCUUGAUGACAAAUCAAAUUUUAUUCAGAAAAAAAGAGUGCUGAGUAACAAUUGAACUUCAGAUAUUAUGAUUACAUUUAUCUGUCUCACCAAUUCUUCCAUGAGAUAGAGUUCCUACUAUAUACAGCAAAUAUAUAAAUCAUUUCUUAAUGUAGCAUGAACAAAUUCCAGACCUUUAAGCCUCCCCUAAGAUCUCCUUCCUAGUCACUGAGUUUAAUUUUAAACUCUACUUUUUUUUUUUUUCUGCUUCAAUUUAAGUCCCUUCUUUUUUGGUUCUUGCUACAAAGUAAGGAAAGAUGAUUCUUUCCUACAUCUUUCAACUAAAUGGAUUCUAUUUGUCAUAUCUCAGCAUUUAGUCACUAAAAUAUUAUUUGACCUCCUGCUUUAAGGACAUUGGAUUUCAAUUCCUCAACAAGCCAUAAACUUCAAAACAAAUGAUUUCUUAUCACCUUUUCAGGUAUAUUAAUACAGUUUAUUUAAUUAGAAGGUUGGAUAGAUUUUAUUCUGCUAGUUGUGAUUCCUAGAAGAAUCCUAGUCCACAAUUUUGAGAGAAAGCAUAGAUGAUUCCCUUGUCCCUAUUUAAAGUUCCAUUAAAAUAGAAACUGCAUUUAGAGAUCCUUUUGCUUUGGCAUGUAUGCUUCAGCACCAGAUUUAUUUAUUUUACCAUCGCUGGACUUAAAACAUUUCUAAAAUGAAAUAUGGUUAUUCUGAAGCGAAACCAAAGCAAAUAUCUGUAUCCAGAAAGAAAAAUAAUAAUAGGCAAGGUGAUGCCAAGGUGUCAAGUACUGAAAAAUCUAUUAUGAAGAAAAUUUGUUUCUUACAGAUUGGAAUUGCUUUUGAGACAUUUUAGUGGAGGAAAAACAUCAGUUCAUUAUUUCUUUUGUGAACAUCUUCAUGACUCAGAGGAGGAAAAAACCCCACUAGUGUUUCUUUUUAUAGAGCUGUGACUCAAUAGUGAAACAGACCGCACUAUCUGAACCAUCUCUCACAAAAACAAAUGUUAACGUGAAAAGCCUUUUUUUUUUCCCUUUUACCUAACUUCGAUGUUUGCUUUCAGCUUAAGAUAGCCAACCAGUUUCUAAGCAGGAAAUAUGCAUCUAAGAGCACUUACCUUCCAAAAUAUGUAUUAAAAUAUAAAAUAAACAAAAAAUGAAUAUACCUUUCUCAUCUCAGCCAAGCUCAAAUUAUUCACAAGAAAAACAGAACUGCAGUUACUCUGGUGAAUAGGAACAUUAACACACGCAAAGAAAACUUAAAAGAAAAUUGGCCUUUUUAUGGAACCCGGGAAUGUUUUGUUGUAAGAGCAGUUAUAACAACAGGACUGUGUUGUUGUUGUUGUUAAUCCUCACUCGAGGAUAUUUUUGGGGAGAAUAGAAGAGGGGGGAAAGACAGAAAGAAACAUUGAUGUGAGAGAAACACAACGAUUGGUUGCCUCCUGCAGGAGCCCCGACCAUGGCCCAGGCCAGGGAGAAGCCUGCAACCAAUGUAUGUACCCUUGACCUGAAUCGAACCCGGGACCCUUUGGUCCACAAGCCGACGCUCUAUCCACUGAGCAAAACCAGCUAGGGCAACAGCGAGACUUGUAUGCUACCAUUGCAAUCAUGUGAUAGAAAUAUUUGUGAUUGUUGGAGAAUAGUCUGCAACCAAAUCACAUUCUGUGCUCUGUAUACUACCAACACUUCAAAAGACGUCCAAGAAGUCUUUUUUCCUAAGACAGCACCAUCUAUUUCAAGGUACUUUCAUAGUCAACAAUCUGUAAGUUUGUAGGAUAAAAUGUAAGAUGUCUAUUUAAAAGAAUUCUAGACUCUAAAAUAGACUUUGUUGCCUUUUUUGAGGGAAAGGAGCAUUUAGCCCAUUUCCAAGGAAUAGUUUCCUCAUCUUAGUCUGAUAGUUUAUGAUCAUUUUUAAGAGACAUUAACUGCUGUCUUUCCUACAUGUUGCAGUAAUGGUAUACCAGGAAUAAUGUUUAUUUUAAAAUAUAUAUUAGAUUAUCAUUUAUAUCCUAAAAAUGCCAAAUUCUGAUACAUUUGCCUUUUAAAGGAGUUCUAAGAACCAUAGUGUCUAAACAGUGAGUAAAUAGGCUUAUCUUUGAAGUUGGUGUUAUCCUUGGCAGAUAGUACUGUAUCAUGCUCUUCACAAGCUAUGCUCUGUUGAUGAUAUAAUGGAGGAGCCUAUUAACUUUUGAGUCUACAGUCAAAAUACCAUUGCCCAAAACAAAUCUUUAUUAAUAACAGAUUUGCUAAGGGGUACAAGAGAAUAAAAUGAUAUUUUCAUGGAAUAUAAUUAUGAUUGUUCCAUUAAAGUAUAUACUGAGUAUAUUGUUCCACAUUGAAAUUUUAUGUUGCAUUAACUUGUUAAGUAAUUAAUUUUAGAAAUCAUGCAUCCCAUUUUACUGGUACUACCUCUGAAACAUACUAACACCUUAAAACCAUAUCAGACUCUAAUGUGAACUUUUGUAGGACUUUUUUUACUUUUAUAGAGGCAAUAAAUGAUUUCCAACUAACAGCCAUCUAUUUCUUUAUUGUAAUGUCUAUUUUCCAAAGUUUUUGUGUUAUGAGUACUGUAUCCCUUUUAAAGAUAAUUUUUUCCUCACAGAAAUAAGGUUCUGUAACAAGACAAAGAAUGCUGAGAAUAAUAAAGUAUCAGGGGAUUCAAAAAGGGAGAAUAUGGAGUACUCAAUUGGAAAUUUGGUUGAUUUCCAAGCUGACAUGUACAUAAUCCUUUAUUGGCUUUACUUACCAAUGAAUUACUCCAACACCAAUGGAAUAGAGUAAACAUUCUGUAACAAAUUUGUUCAUGGUAUUAUACUUAAAUGGUUAAAUCAGCAAGUAAAUUGCCACAGUAUAAACAAAAAAUGAUAUUUUACAACAGAUUUUUUAAAUGAUAUAGGAUCUAUCUUUUAGCUGACACCAGUUGAACAGGCUUUUAAUUUGGAUAAAAUACACCCAUGCUUUUUUUCUCAAAGUUUUAUACCAAUUAAAAGUCUUCAUAUUACUUAACUAAUGGAGGAAGUUAUGGGGUAUCAAAUAGCACAUCAGAAGUUUUCCUUCCCAGUUGAUAAAUUUUCAAGAAUGUUGCAUGAAGAGACACAUAUAAACAUACACAUACAAUGAUCCAAGUUUUUUUCAGAUCUGUAAAAACAUCG